CAGGUUUCUCAGUACGUUUGGCGAACAGUUCGCGAACGGACGUAUACCUUCCUCGUAAGCUCUGGAGAACAUUAUAUAAUACUUAUCGUAUCCGAGCAUAAACACGAGAGCGUGUUGGCAUCAAAGAGACGUGGGUGGUCUCGGCGACCCGUGCCGCCGACCGGAGCACCACACACGAAUGCAACGACCCUUCGAUCCGCACGCGGGACGAAUCACUCUUACUUCUCGUCCUCGACGUAGCCCACUUCCUCGUGCGUCGAUCUUUCGGCACGAACGGCACGAACGCCACGGUGACGUGGCGAGAAUAUCUUCCAGCAGUUCGUCCAGACUGACGCGCAGCGGUGGUCCAUGUAUGCACUGACCCGGUCGUCGAGAGCUUACAUCGCGACACACACCAUCAAGGUCGCCCGCGAUCAAUGAACGUGGCGCUCACCGCCACGUGACCGGACGACAGCGCGGACGAAAAACCGGAGGCCGUCGAUCUCGCGAACGUGCCACGGCUUGUAUCCCGAGGAACAAUCGGGAAAUUCCGUUUCAGACCGUUUAGAUGAAAAUCAUCCUUGCGAAAAUUCUGAACUGUCGUAACCGCCGAUAGUCUUCGUUAUUUUUCAGACGAACGAACGAACUCUCGAGGAGUCUCGUUUCUUGACGUUCCUGAGAGAUUCUCUUACAUUUAUACUUUGAAAUUGAAAACCUCUUUGAAGAAGCAGUUGAAACCUCUCAUGACAGACAGUUUCCUCUUCCUCUUGGCACGUGACAACGGCGAGUUCGAUCAGGAGGUUAGAACGAAAGUCUCGUAAUCUUCCCGGAGAUUCUUCGAGCGACCGAUCUCCUGUUCCUCGAUCUCAAAUUUACAGACACUGAUUGUGCAAUACGAAAAGAAAAAACGUUAACUUCACUCGCUCUCUGCUGUACGGACCCUUUGAUAUAUUUUCCGACUGUUAAAGAGUUUGUACGAGGGAAGAGGAAGACGGAAAGGGAGAACGGCUGUGACGUGCAGUGCAAUCUGUGUAAAGUAGACUCCGGGGACCGCGAGAAGGCAGUUAGAACGUGACAUGACGAGAGAGUUAUAGAGGCCGAAGAGUACGGACAAAAAAAGCAGUGGGAGACAGACUUUGGUUAGACUUCCGAAGUGGAAAUUGCUGCGUCAACGUGAGACUGGUGACGACUUAUCCUUGUGUAACCGCGACUCCGACAAGGAGUGACCAUCGAGGUACAUGAAAGAAGGACAUGAACUACUCGCAAGGGAAGGGACGGCUUUAUCCGGCCUACAGUCUAAGUGGCAGCGAGGGUGAGGAUAAUACCUCCAGUUUACGUAGUCGAGCCUAUCCACAAAAUAAUCAAACCAACCAAUCCCAUCAUAAUCAUUACAACACAAGCCAACACAAACAGCGUGCAUAUCAACAACAACAACAUCCCCUGUAUCAUAUGCCCGGCAGUGGUGCCGGUCUCAGCGACACACCGACUUCCGGUAACGCAUCUGACGAAACUCUUACUGAUAGUGACCUUAUCACUGUUGCUCGUGAUUCUGCGCUGCUCGUCCAUAACGAUAAUCCAUGGGAAGAGACAGAACGGUAAAAGGACACGUGCGACAGAGUCGGUCAUUCGCAAUAACGCGAACUCGUUCCCCUACAUUACUCAAACAUGAUGGAUAGCUCUUGCGGCGAUGAGGUGUGAGGCCACACACGGGGUUUGUCGUAGACGGGGGGUUAUCGGCACGCCGGCUUGUCAGGGAUGACGUAUCGCUCCGAAGGUAUACACCAUAUCUCGGAGCCCGUCUAGCCCAUCCUGCACCACCUUCAUCCAACGCGUACCACCUGGAAACCAGCUAGCUAUGGCUAACUCCGCACUCAACAUAGCGGACACUUGCGCGUGAUAGGUAUUUAUCACUGCAGUCGCGGCGUAAGACGAGUAAAUCAAUUCAUCGCGGAAUCACUAUCGACUGUAUCAGUCGAUAAAAAAAAAUAAAGAAAAAAGACAAAUGUCCGUGCAAUGUCGCAACACGAUGCAUAUCACAUAAUCCCCUGUAAUAGGGGAUUCAUUCACGGAUGGUAGAAUGAUAAAGACGAUUUCUCGAUGAUGCCUAAAUAUAUACACCAUGAACCGCAGGAAUACAGAAACUUCCGCGAAUAAAUAAAAGUGUUAUAAUGGAGAUGUAUUCGCAGUAUCAUGGCAUGCGGCAGUAAAGUGAGCGCGCGUGACGUAGCAUCGAAUCUCCGGUGCGACUUUCGUUUCCGGAAAAAA